AUGUUUGUAGAGGGGUUUGCUGCAGAAGCGGCUGCCAGCAAGUACUUUUCCCGAGCGCAUAUCGCCAAGCUGGAGUGGGUUAUCCACCAGGAUGCCCAACGACUUUGCGACAAGUUCCUUCGGUAUCAGGGCCGUGGACCGUUCGAAGCCGCGUCGGCAUACAGCUGCUUCACAGCCGACAUUGUCAGCGAUUACUGCUUCGGACAGCCUUUCGGGUUCCUUCAACAGGAUGAUUGGGAGCCCAAUUUUAAGGAGGCAGUGUAUUCAAUGCUGCGGUUGAUCCACAUCAUGAGGCACUUCCCGUGGACGACGUGGUUGAUGGAGGCUGUUCCGUUGUGA